UCCGGCAGCCUCGUGAGGUAUAUUAUUCAGGAAAAUAGCGAGAGGUAACUUACAGUUUGCUGGUUGGUGAUCACAAUGGGAAUAGCUUAAGAAAUAAAGGCUUUGGUCGUUGUUUCGUUUUCUGAAGGAUGGUAUCUGUUGUUGUUUUUUGUGUUUUCUGGAAGCAUUCGCGAAACAAAUACUUAUUGUCCACCGAACAAAAGUCUCAUUCACUGGCGUUGAAAAUUAAAGUUAUCUAAAUUCGUUACAAAUGUAGAAAAAUUACACUUAUGCCUAUACCUGGCUUUGUGGUUUGAUGCCUCAGUGAAGUUCAUCACCUGCUGCUGAAAACACAACCAAGAGCAUUUAAACCUCCACAACUUCCACUGUCUCGAGCCGAACUUCAUGUCCAUACACAUAUAUUUCAACUAAAUUGUAUUAAUUCGAGGUUAGUUUUCUCACUGCAUUUCUUAAAGGACGUUCAGAGAAUGAAAAUAUGUGUAUAUAAUGUGAAUAACAUUUCUUGAGAAAGUCGAUAAAGAUUCAGAAUACAAAGAUUCGUCACGGUACUGUGAAUGUGGAAAGAUACUCGAGGCACCAUUUGGGCUUCUCAGACUGAACCCUUUAGAGAAUCUCAAAAAUAAUAUGGGUCAGUGAGUUAAUUUGCAUCAUACACAUAAGAAUGUAUUUUGAAAAAUGUUUCUCUCGUGUCCAGUCAGCGAGUUAUUGGGGCUCAAUGUUUGCGUUGGACCCCUCUGACUUUCAUUGUAUGGGCAAAAACAGAGCCAUGCCAUCAGUGAUGGAGCGUUCAGGGUCUGGUGUGCUGUCUCGAAGCAGGGCCAAAACAGUCACAAACGGGAACAGCCAGCACUCUGAGGAAGAGAGCAGUGACGAGGAACACACACAUGACAGUAUGAUCCGCGUUGGUGGGGACUACCAGGCACAGAUCCCAGAGUUCAAACCAGAUAAAGAAAGAGAUGGAAACAGUGCGUCCCACUACAGUGAAAAUGACCAGAGGAGUAUGCUGGUCUGGUCCCCAAAUAGCCAAGUGUCCAAUGCCAUGUUGGAUGAAUAUAUUCUGAUGGCCAAAGAGAAGCACGGAUACAACAUGGAACAGGCUCUUGGCAUGCUUCUGUGGCACAAGCACGAUGUGGAGAAGUCACUGGCUGACCUGGCAAACUUCACUCCCUUUCCUGAAGAUUGGACAGUGGAAGACAAGGUUCUGUUCGAACAGGCUUUCAGCUUUCAUGGCAAGAGCUUCCAUCGCAUCCAACAGAUGCUUCCAGACAAACUGAUCUCAAGCCUGGUGAAAUACUACUACUCUUGGAAGAAGACCAGAACCCGGACCAGCGUCAUGGACCGUCAAGCACGCAAGCUCCUUAGCAAGAGAGAAAAGGAUGAGAGUAACGACGAGACGGAGAAAGGAGAUCCAGGCAGUGACAGUGAUUUUGAGAUCAACGGCAGGAAAGAGACAACGAAGCAGAGCUCUGGAAUUGGAGGAGGGAGUGAUAAAGGUUCAAGCAAGUCUGGUCCGACUCGGAAAGAGAACCAGGGUGCGCAGUACCGACACCACCCUCUUCGGGCUCGCCGCAGACCUCCUAAAGGCAUGCACUUGGAACAGGAGGACAUUGUUGCUCUCUCAGCCUCCACUGAUUCAGGAGCUGUUAGUCUCAGACAGCUGGACACACAGCUAGUGUCUCUGAAAAGACAGGUCCAAAGUAUCAAGCAAACCAACAGUGUUCUCAAGCACAACUUGAGUGAUGGAAUUGAAGGCUUGAGACCAUCAGAGCCCACCCAAAAAAACAACUCUCGCUGGACAACAGAGGAGCAGCUCCUGGCCGUUCAAGCUGUCAGGCGAUACGGUAAAGACUUUGCAGCCAUAGCGGACGUGAUUGGGAACAAGACAGUGGCACAGGUCAGCUUAUUCUUCGUCAGCUACCGGAGACGCUUCAAUCUGGAGGAGGUGCUCCAUGAAUGGCAGGCAGAACAGGAAGUUGUGCAAGGGAGCAGCGGGAGGAUCGCGAACAUGGAGCUGAAUGGGUCAGCAGGAGCGGAAGACGAUGAGGUGAAGAUGGAUGGCAUCUCUCCACCUCAUUCUGACUGUUCACUGUCCUCUUCUGAUGUUCUAAACAUUACCCAGUCCUCCCCACCCCUCACUCAGCCUCCCCCCUUACUGCGCCCUGCACCCCCCUCAGCACCCCCUAGCCUGCUGCGCCAGCCUCCCCCGCUACAGACGCGACCUCUACAAACCCGGACGCCCCACAAUCACCCUCCCCCUCCCCCUCCGCUCAUCAGACCUGCAGUGGCAUCCUCGCUCCACCAGGGGGCACUGAGGAACUCUCUAAGUUCCUCCUCUGCCUCUGCUGGACAGCUGCCACCCUCACUGCUGGGGCUGAAGGUGGAAUCCCCCCAGUCACAAUGAUCACCAUCUAGUAUUUACCCUUUUAUAAUGGUUUAAGACACCCAAACAGUCAUUUAACAGAGAAUUUGUUCUCAAAUCAGUGUAAGGGGCAAUGUGUAGCAAUGCCUUUCAAGAGAUAAAAUGAGGUAAACUGGCAGCAAAGCUGGACAUGCACCAGAACACACGUUCAGCAAGUCAGGAAGGAUGAAACUAUAGUCUGAUCCAAGGAGAAUCCUCCAUGUUCAUGCAUAAAAACCACAAUCUUGCCAAAAAACUAACCCUACUGCUCCACAAACCCGUCUGUCCUCAGGUUCUACAGCUUUACCUCGUGAACAGUCUCAAGCACAACAGCUUCCACUGUUGACCUUCUGUCAUAGAUACUCAGUGGAAGUUGGAAGUUUAACCAAAAUUGUGGGGUAAAAACCUUAUAUACUGGAAUUUAAAACUGCCACGACAACAUACUUAUGUGAGUUCCUUACACUUCUAUGGCAGCAGCUGCAUAUCACCUAGUGUGUAUGACUACAGGCACUAGUGAGUGCUCUGAAGUGCACCUGGUGUCAGGAAACUGGGAAAUUGUAUAUAGUCACUCUCCCAGUGAAGAGUGAAUCAUACUAGGCGAAGCAGUUUUUGUCGUUUGUAUAAUUAGGUUCUUAAGAUAUUGUUAGAUAGUGAAUUUAUGUAGUACUAGUUAAUAUUGACUAAGCACUAAGUGAUGCAAAAUAAUACUUGAUUUUUUUCGUUGCAACUUGGAUUACACUAUACUUGCUCUUAAAGGCACAAACACAGAGGCAUCAAAACACUAAAGAUGAUUCCUGAGGAAGCUUGUGCAAGAGUUGUUGUUUCUUCCAAAAUGUUAUGUGUAUGUGAGAACUGUUUACAUGUUAACUGGAUUUGCUUGUGACUAUUUUUGUUUUAGAUUAUUAUUAUUUUUUUUUUUCAAAAUAAAGUGAAAAAUAACCAAAUUA